AUGUUCAGGAAAUAUAGUUUCUCUGAAGAAAUUGUGGAAAACGAUUUUAGCAGAGAAUGGAAUUGGGAUGAAUUUAUAUAAGAUUCUAAUUCAAGAUUGAUUAAAAAAAGAACAGCACAUUUCACUCAAUAAGAGGAUGAUCUAUUGUGCCAAUUGGUCGCCUAAUUUGGAAGGAAAUGGAAGAAAAUAGCCUUACAGUUUCCGAAUAAAUCAGAUAGAAUGUUGAGAAAUCGAUUUAUCAAAUUACAAUAAUAAUCAGAUAUAACUGAGGCCAUCUCAUCGCCAAAAUUAGAUCUCAGCAGUCAUGAAGUAAAUGUACAAAAAAAACGCAAAAAUGAUGAGCAAUAAUUAUUGAUCUAAAUGAAGCAACUAAAAUCAAUUAAACAAAAAAUCGACAUUAUUUCUAUUCUCGUUUAAUAAACCAAAAUAGAAUUGAUAAAUCUACUAACUUCUCCUACUUUAUGA